ACGCUGUGCAGUUCAGACUCAGUACUUGGACACACUCAGGUUGGUGGAAAGAAGCGAAGACAUCAUGUCGUGCACUUAGUCACAGCGACAUUUAGCUAGCUACUUUCUUAGAAAUGUUUGGGCGUAAAAACACCAGGAGGAGUUAACAAAUAUAACAGCCACCACUUGGCGGCCAGAAAACAAGCAGUUAGUCGGUAGAAGCAAUCCCGGAACUUGAAACUGAAACGAGCUAACAUUAGCUAGCUUUUUGUUGACAGUGUGAUUGCUGUCAAACCAGAACGUGACAUAUUAGAAGUAACCGCAGUUAGCUAGCUCGAUACUUCACCCAGCUUGCUUGGCUUAUAUUUGGUAAAAGUUUCUGAGACUUUUAACCACUUGUGGAUUUGAAAGAUGGCAUCAAGAGGAGGCUUUUCGGGUCCCCAGAUGAAUCCGAAUGUGAACCCAAUGAAUGUUGGGCAUGCUGCGGGCAUGAGGAUGCCAGGAAUGCCUCAACCUCCGGCGGGAUACCCCCGUACUCUGAACAGCGCACCUCAGUACCCCCAGCGACCAGGUAUGCCACCAAGUAGAGUAGGGGGCCCCAUGGGGUCAAUGGGGGGUCAAAUCCCUGGUCCCUCUUAUGGUGGUGGGAACUUGCCCAUGCGUCCAGGCAUGGGGCCUCCAAACAUGGACACCUCCAGGAAGCGAUUCCUUCAUCAGCAUCAGCAGCAACAAGAGGCUCUGGGAGGCCUAAGACGAGGGGCAAAAAGGCGCAAAAUGGCAGAUAAGGUCCUCCCACAGAGGAUCCGAGACCUGGUCCCAGAGUCCCAGGCCUACAUGGACCUCUUGGCUUUUGAGAGGAAACUGGAUCAGACCAUCGCCCGAAAGCGCAUGGAAAUUCAGGAGGCCAUCAAGAAGCCCAUUAUGCAAAAGCGCAAGCUCAGGAUCUACAUUUCUAAUACAUACACCCCUAGCAAGCCAGAGGGUGAGGAAGCAGAGAAGAUCUCUUCCUGGGAACUUAGAGUGGAGGGAAAACUUCUGGAAGAGCCUGGUAAGCAGAAGAGGAAGUUCUCAUCUUUCUUCAAGAGCCUGGUGAUUGAGCUUGAUAAAGAGCUUUAUGGACCUGACAACCACUUAGUAGAGUGGCACAGAAUGCCCACCACUCAGGAGACAGAUGGUUUUCAGGUCAAAAGGCCUGGAGAUGUGAAUGUGAAAUGCACCCUCCUUCUCAUGCUUGACCAUCAGCCCCCUCAGUAUAAGCUGGACCCACGGCUGGCCCGUCUGCUUGGCGUGCACACACAGACACGAGCCAGCAUCAUGCAAGCUCUUUGGCUCUACAUCAAGAACAAUAAGCUGCAGGAUAGUCACGAGAAGGAGUACAUCAACUGCAACCGCUAUUUCAGACAGAUCUUUGGCUGUCCUCGCAUGAGGUUCUCUGAGAUUCCCAUGAAACUGGCAGGCCUGUUGCAGCACCCUGACCCCAUCAUUAUCAAUCAUACCAUCAGUGUGGAUCCCACAGAUCAGAAGAAGACUGCUUGUUACGACAUUGAUGUGGAAGUGGAUGACCCACUGAAGGGCCAGAUGAACAGCUUCCUGUCCUCCACCACCAACCAGCAGGAAAUUGCUGCCCUGGAGAUGAAGAUCCAUGAGACAAUUGAGUAUAUUAACCAACUGAAGACGGAGAGAGACUUUAUGCUGAGCUUUAGCAAUAAUCCACAGGACUUCAUCCACGACUGGCUGAAGUCUCAGAGCCGAGAUCUCAAGUUGAUGACAGAUGUGACAGGAAACCCAGAGGAGGAGAGGAGGACUGAGUUCUACCAGGGAGCGUGGGUGCCAGAGGCAGUGGGCAGAUACGUUUACUCCAAAGUGCAGCAGAGAAGACAAGAGCUGGAGCAGGUGUUGGGUAUCCGACUCACCUAAAGCCAUUUUCCAGAGUGUUUGUGCUAAAACCAGUUUCCUUUUCACAUGUGGUCUUAACACAUAUUUAGUGUGGAAGGGAACAAGCUUAUGUUGCAGGUGAAGCGUUCACAAAGCCAUCCUUUCAGAUCUGGUGUGUCAUACCAGUGUGCCAUUCAUAUCUUUCUUCUUCAAGAUUGCAAAUUUAAAAUUGAGAUUGUUUGGGACCAAAGUGAUGAUUUACAUGGUCUUGAUAUUUUUGCCUUGCGUUGUCCGUCAUUUUUGAACAUGUUCAAGUAAUCUUUGUCUUGUUUUGCAGUAUGUUUUGUUCAUGGUACAAUAUGCUUAAAACUGUUUAAGCACUGGUGCUGUCUAGGUGUUUUUCACCAUCGAGUUGUGCUCAUUUCAAAGGGUGUCUGUUUACCUUCACAUUUAAAAGCCAUAACCUGUUCAAUAGGAGCAGUAAUGAAAUCUACUUUACUGAAUGAAAUAACUAAUUAAAGAAUGGGGAGGAACAGUAACAUUAGGCAUUUCAUUUCUAAAUGCUCAAUAUUCACAAUGAAAAACACCUUUUAUUACUGAAACAUACACAAAUACAUAAUAAAAUUAAUUAAAAGUGAAUUUUCUUCUCUAAAUGCAAUCUUCAGAUGUUUUCUAAUUUAGUUUUGGAAUAAAGAACUCUUACACAAACAAUUUUACAAAUUUAGCCAUUGUGGUGUUUUUUGGGGAGAAUUGUGGAUGUAUUAUUUGAGAUGAAGCAUUUCUUAUGUAAGACAGGACUUUGAAGAAAAUUUGUCUGUGGGAAAUUCUGUGUUUUUGGAGUCCGCUCUGCACCAGCUGUACUUCAGCUGCUUUUUAUAUUUUCUGACUGUUUACAUGUUGUUUUCAUUUGUAAUUGGGGUGUUUUUCAUUGUUGUAAUGUGAGAAAGAGGAAUUGUGGCAAAGUCCUUGGGUUUUUUCCUGGAAGAACGCAUUGAAUCCAUACCUCCCAAGAAGGUUUUGUGGUAUUAAUAAAACAGGAAUGCAAAUGUCCUUUGCCAUCCAAACAAUGUGCCAAUCAGUUGCUAGUUCAUGUUCACUUUAUAUUGUUCAUGGGUUAACAUUUAAUUGAAUUUCUUUUUUUUUUUUUUUUCAAGGUUUUUGUAUGAUAGGACCUCUUGAAUUUCUGUAAACAUUCCAGGUUAAUAUAUCAGUGCCAUUUUUUUUGUGUGUGAAAAUGGCACUUGAAUCUCAGUAAUGUUGCUGUCUGUUAUUUGUACAGCUUCUUUUGUAAAAUAUUUGCAUGUUGUGUAUCAGCAAACAAAGGCUUUUUAUCUUUUCUACAUUUGGAGUUUUUCUUUUUUUUUUUUUGACAAUAAAUAUACUUACAAAUGUU